AUGUCGCCCAGCAUGCCCUUGCUCGUCCGUGGAAGCCGUGCGGCAGUCGCUGCUCGCGCACUCCCCCGACUCUACACUGUGGCUGGCCGCCGUGGUGCAGCCACCUCGGUCGACGACCCAUCCGAAACCCGCUUGCAGAAGAACCGUGACGGCCAGCGUGCUCGCGGCGCAGUGUCCAAGGCCACUGCCCAGGAGCUCGAGCCCUCGCUUGGCAGCAGCAAGUUGCUGAGGAACACUCCCGAGGAGGCACUCGCGACCCAGGGACUUCGCUUUGCGGACGGCCAUGGUCUUCGUGGCCCAUCUGGCAAGGGUCGUGAGACUCGCAAGAUGAACCUGCACCAGGCCGUGCGUGACGCUAUCCGCACGGAGCUUGCCGUCAACCCCCGGUCCUUUGUGUUCGGCGAGGACGUCAAGGCUCACGGUGUCUUCCGCUGCACCCAGGGUCUUGCUGACGAGUUUGGGGAGAAGCGUGUGUUCAACACGCCCCUCACGGAGCAGGGUAUCGCUGGCUUUGGUAUCGGCUUGGCGAGUGUGGGUUCGACUGCCAUUGCCGAGAUCCAGUUCGGUGACUAUAUCUUCCCUGCCUUUGACCAGCUCGUCAACGAGGCGGCCAAGCAGCGCUACGCUUCAGGAGGCAACUACCCUCUCAAGGGAGGAUCGUUUACUAUCCGCUCCCCGGUCAUGAGUGUCGGGCACGGUGGCCUCUACCACUCUCAGAGCCCUGAAGGCUUCUUCCUUGGUGCCAAUGGUCUCAAGGUCGCGGUUGUGCGCUCGCCCAUCCAGGCCAAGGGUGUCCUUCUUGCCGCUUUCCGCGACCCCAACCCGACCAUUGUUUUCGAGCCCAAGGUUUUGUACCGUGCUGCCAUUGAGGAAGUUCCCGUGGACGACUACACUCUUCCCCUUGGCACCACAGACACCAUAUUGGAGGGCACCGACCUUACAGUCGUGUCUUACGGCACGCCUCUGUACACGACGUUGCGCGCGAUCGAGCUCCUCCGCAACCCGCCUCCCCAGCUGGUGCAGUUCCUGCCUGAGCGCCUCCGUCCGCCUAACCCGGCCCCUUCUAUCCAGCUCAUCGACUUGCGCGCGAUCAACCCUCUUCCCCUCGGUGAACUGACCGAGGCGGUCAAGAAGACUGGACGCAUGGUUGUUGUCCACGAGGCAGGCAAGAGCGGAAGUGUCGGCAACAACAUUGCUGGUGAGGUCGGGCGCCGCGCGUUCGACCACCUCGAGGCUCCUAUCGGGCUUGUCAGCGGGUGGGACGUGCCCGUGCCCCUCGCGUACGAAAAGUUCUACCAGCCAGACGUCAUCCGCGUGUUCGACAAGAUGGUCGAGACUCUCAACUAUUAG